GCGAGAGCUACCCUGGAUCACGCCGUCUGUUGUGCCGAUUGACUUGUUCUUUUUCCGGCGCAUCUUCUCCAGGCUGUACAGUCAACAUGGCGAUAGCCACGGGGAAGUUCCUGUUAGCGUAUUUCAACGAAGUGUUGUUCGACUCUUUCGUUUGAUGCAGAUGGAUCGGCAGGCUGAUGAGUUCUCGGCUGAUGAGUACGACGUCGAUGGUUCUGGCGCAGUUGGGUGGUAUGAAUUUGUGACUGUCUGGCGAAAAGCCGAUGUCUCCGUCAAGCUCUCGCUUCCCGAGCGAAUUUUUGUGUUAAUGGAAGAGCCUACAUCGUCUUUCCUCGGUGUCAUGGCAAGUGCCCUCCUGAACGUCUUGAUUUUUCUCUCGUGCGUGUGCUUCAUGAUUGCAACCCUCCCGGAGAUGAAAGAGUAUCCGUGCGACGGGUGUGAGCCGGAGCAGAGGAGGGAGUUCCAAGCCUUCGAAUAUUUUUGUGUUGGGAUCUUCGCACUGGAGUAUAUCGUGAGGGUGUGCUCUGCGCCAUUUACGAGAUCCGAACUGUUGCACUAUGAGCAGUUUUUGGAGCGCGUCACAGACAACCAGGCCAACUUUAGCCCUUCCCGCUUCGUUCGUUUCAUGGGCUUUGUCAUUCAGCCCAUGAACCUGAUCGACCUUUUCGUAAUCGUUCCCUUUGUGGUUGAGUCGUCCUUGAGGAUCACGACUGCAAACUUCACGGUAUUGCGUGUUCUGCGGCUGACGCGAUUAUUUCGACUGGUAAAGCUGGGUAAAUCCUUUGAAGUCCUGCAGAUCAUCGGCAGAGUCUUUCACAAGUCCAUUGCCAUGUUUUGGGUUUUUGCUGUCAACUUUUCUUUGGCACUUUGCUUCUCUGCUGCGACGAUCUACUUUGUGGAGGGCGGCGAAUGGGACGAUCAAAUGAAGACCUACAUGCGAACCGGGCAUAAUGGCGAAAGGUCUGAGACUCCUUUCCUGAGCAUUCCGCAUUCCUUCUGGUGGGUCUUCGUGACUUUCACCACGGUUGGAUACGGUGAUGUCGUUCCGGAGACCUUCUUGGGGAAGCUGAUCGGGGCGAGCAGCAUGCUGGUUGGCAUUUUCGUCUUGGCACUUCCUAUCAGCGUAAUCUCGACAACCUUUGGCGAAGUUUGGCACGAAUGGAAGGAAGAGCUUCGCCUAGAGGCGCAAUCCCGCGAGGAGGAUCUGCGAAGUGUUGAGCUCGCUCUUCAGAUCAUCGAAAACCGCACGCACCUGACGAUCGAGAUCUACGAUCACUCUGAUCGUUAUCCUCCAGAACUUCUGGGACAUGUGCAGUGGCGCACUCUCCCGCUGGACUCGCGAGAAACUGUCGAAUGUGGCGAUGAUUCGUUUCCCAUCAAGAGCUCGGACAAAGUGCACGCAGAACGUUCACUUGGAGAGGCAGUUGUGGGCUACACUUGGACGCCUUCGGAUGAGCAGGACGUUUCAAGGUACUCUGGCACUCUGGAGGUCCGGAUCCGGCGGGCCGAAGGACUUCUACCGAGCGACUGGAAAAAGCAUGGGAAGCGAAAUGUUUACGCUUUGGUUCGCUGCUGGCCCAAGCCACCGACGUCCCAAAGGCUCGGACAAGACUUCGAUGUAACGUACUACUCUCGGAUUGCGGAUGCCACCCUGGACCCUGUCUGGGAUGAGACUUUCGAGUUUGACUUCGACUGGCCGUGCGACUGGAGACCACAAAAGGAUCCGCCACCAGCCCGUAUGAGCACACGCUUCCAAGAUUCGCCGGCUUUGAGGAGAGCAAACUCGACAAUCAGUGGGGCAUCACCGACACCAUCGACAUAUGUUGCCAGAACCAACACCGUCACCAUUGCUGAGGAGACGCAGGAUUUGCGCGAAGAACGUCCAGCCGUGUGGCAGGUCGUGGAGAAGCAGGCAGCAGAGCUGAGGCAAUUGCGGCAGGAGGUUGGUACUUUGUCACGAGCCAUGGGCGAUCUUCUUCCGCUUCUGCAAGGAAUAUCUGGUCAGCAGGACGUCGGCGGCAGCAUCGCUGCUGCCGAUUUGCGGGACGGUGGCACCGGCAACUCGGCGAUGCCUCAGGUGUUGCAGCAUGGUUUUCCUGCAGCUUCUGAAAGUUCUAUCAUCAUUCCGGAUUGGCUGUUGGAGCUACAGACCAGGCUCAAGGCCAGCAUCAAGGACGUCGUCGCGACCGGGUUCCAGGUCAGGAUCUAUAUGCGCGAGCCCGCCCCGUGCGGCAUUCUUUGCGUGCCCAACCACUCCACUUGUUGCACCUCCAGUUCUGGACGAACGGACUGCGCCUCAGAGCUGCCACAUUAA